CUGUCGCGUAGGUGUUUCCGGUGUCUUAUGACAUUUUACUUCCUUCCACACAGACCGACGCGAACAAAUCGAGAAAGAAGACGUCGCUAACUUUUAAAUGCUGCCGUCAACAGUCGCGUUUUGAGCUCAGCUUUCAUUUCGAUUCCGACGUAAAAUGCGCGGCAUGCGGCGUGCGGCGUCCGAGAACUGAAGAAUUGCCGAGAACGCCGACCGUAACGUGUAGGCCUCCGAAGAAAGUUUGGUCGAGGGCCUGUAAACAACAUGUCCUCCGCCUCGCAGUCUUCCUCCAGACGGCAAUGGUGCUACCUCUGCGAUUUGCCCAAGAUGCCCUGGGCCAUGCUGUGGGAGUUCAGCGAGGCUGUGUGCCGGGGAUGUGUCAACUACGACGGGGCCGACAGAAUAGAGCUCCUCAUUGAAACUGCCAGGCAGCUGAAAAGCACGCACGGAGUUUUAGACGGCAGGUCUCCCGGUCCACAGCAGGGAAAACCCAGCUCGGCUGGGCCCAUUGAAGCAGGGCGGCAGCAUGGAGAGCGUAUAGAUAGGGGGAGGGGUGAGUAUGGGGUGUCUUCUCGCCUCCCCAAUGGCCUGCACAGAGCUGAAGAUGUGGCCAUGUCAGAGGGCAGCAGACAGAGUCCAAACACACGUCGGGCUAUCGUUGGGGCAGUUCCUAGUCUUCAUGGCUCCAUAUCCCAUGCCUUGAUAGCUCAGGGGCUGGUAGCAGCCCCUCAUGGGCUGUUACCGUUAUCAGGCUCCAGGGCCGGGGCCACACCUAUUGCAGUCUCAGCUGGCCCCAUAAUGGGUGAUGCUGGCAGAAGACAGGCUGUGUCCCUUGGUGUGGGUGCCAGCACCUCUGCUCUGGUGGGUAUAGAUCCUGCACUGUGGAGGAACAAUGAAGUGAUGGCUGAACUGAACGAGGUGGCUCGCAGCAGGGUUGAAGGCUGGCCAAACCGUCCCAAAGCAGUUCGGGAUGUACUCGUGGCUCUCAGCAGCUGUGUCCCCUUCAACGUUCGUUUCAGGAAGGACCACAACCUGGUGGGCCGGGUCCUGGCCUUCGACGUCAGCUCCAGUCCAGAGUUUGAGCUGAAGGUCUUUGUGGAGUAUCCUGCCGGCUCUGGAAUGAUCUUUUCAGGGGUCCCAGACCUGGUCAGGCAGAUGUUCCGAGACUCAGCCAAAGAUGCAGGUAAAGCGGUGAACUCUGGGCUACGUUAUGUGGAAUACGAAAAGCGGCAAGGCUCGGGAGACUGGCGCGCACUCUCUGAGCUGUUGAAUGACGGUGUGCGCAUGUUUAAGGAGCCCCCAAUCCCAGAGGUUCUGCCUCAGCCAGAUGCAGGGUUGCCUAUGGCUGCCGCUGGGCGCCCUGGACCAGCGAAAGGCGCAACUCGGCGCCGCAAGGCCUCCCCGGGCUCUGAGAACGGAGAGAGCGAAGGAAGGCCCGAUCACCCAGCGAGAGAGCCCUGGCCCCGAGGCGCUUACUCAGGCAUGGAACCUCUUCCUGGCAUGGCCGCCCCUCAAGAGGGCCCACCCCGUUUACACAGCCAGCCCUCACCUAUCUCGGCGCUCAUGGGAGUCGCAGACAGCCUGAGCUCCAGCCAGAUGGCCAGAGAUAGCCCCAGCAUGUCCACAGCCCACUCCUCAGCCGGGCGCCCCACCAGCAGCAGCCCCUCCACUGCCUCCACCUCAGUCUCCCAGGCAGCCUUGGCGCAGGGUUUGAGCGCGGUGGGUCAGAGCAGCAACGCCGGUGCCGGGGAGUCUACGAGCAGCGCCCAGGGCACUCUGCUCUGCUGCACCCUCUGCAGAGAGCGCCUGGAGGACACUCAUUUUGUCCAGUGUCCCUCUGUCCAGCACCACAAGUUCUGCUUCCCGUGCACCCGAGGGUUCAUCCGCAGCCAAGGUCAAGGCGGGGAGGUGUACUGCCCCAGUGGAGAGCGCUGUCCCCUGGCUGGAUCCACCGUGCCUUGGGCCUUCAUGCAGGGGGAGAUCUCCACCAUCCUGGCCGGAGACGGAGAUGUGACAGUAAAGAAGGAGAACGACCCUUGACGUCUCCAUCCUGUUGUGGUGAAUGUGGAUCAAACACUUUGAAAGCACUUCCCUAUUAUCUCAAGCAGAGGUCCACUUUGGCUACAGUUCAUUAUGUGUGCCUCUGAGAACAGAAGAACUCUGAACCACAGGAGGACAACUACACACACCAAUAACUAAACACACACCGAGACUCACUUUUGAGAAGAGGGACAUGUCCCGUGUGUCAGGGCGGGGCUCACCUGCGAAGGCCGGGCUGCUCCGUUACAACUGAAUGUUGAGUCCUGACCACAUUUCUCUCUCUCUCUCUCCCCCUCUCCCUCCCUCCUUCCCUCUCUUCUUUGUCCAGGGGCCUCUCAUCAGGCCUCGUCUUCAAAGCCCAGGAUAGAAAGCACAUGCUUGUUUCAAGAAUGACAAUCUAUUUUGUCUUUCAUUUGUGUUUUUGUUAUAUUCGUUGCAUACUGUCUCACACAGGUGGACGACGGCGACAUUGACAGAAUAAUGCAUUUCUUCAAAAAACAAAUGAAUGUCCAAAAUGUGGCAAAACCAUUGGGUCCUUAAAGCCAAGGAUUGAAAAAAAAAAAUGUAAUCCCACAGUAUGUCUCUUACGUAAUCUCCUUAUAUUGUAUGUCAAAAAUGUGAAUUUACUUUCAAUAUGGCUAUGUAAUUUCUAUUUUUGAUACAAUACAAAUUUAUAUGUAUUUGUUUAUAGUGAUAAGAAGACCAAAGAUGGCUUCAUGCUCAAUGUAAUUUUAUUGUAUUGUAGCUGUGUAUGCUGUAUUCACUGAUAACCUUGGCAUCAGUCACUAAUUUGUUCAUCUAUCGCAGAAGUAAGCUUGUUUUGUCUAUUUACUUUUUGAAUUCUAUGUAUGGUAAGAUAAUUAGCACCACAAUCUUCAAUGGUUAACCCACAUACUCAUGUGAUCUUAACAGGUCAAUUCUACAAUAAAUGACAAAAUAGUUA